UAUUUAGAAAUUAAAGCAAUCAGAAAUUAAUUAAUUCAGUAUAUUCUAAAAAAUUGAAGACAAUUGUUCUAUUCUAUUAUUCAAAUGUAUUAUAGUUUUUUUUUUUUUUAUGAAACUAGGUAAACUGUACUAUCCUUGUGUGUCUAUAAUGGUUGCGUAACUAGGUUUCAUAUUUAAUCAUCUGCGCACAAUAUCUUGCGUACAACGAGCAAAGUAAAAUAAUUUACAUUAUUGUAAACAAUAAUGAGCGGUCUUAAGUUCUAUUACGAUUUAUUUUCACAACCAUCAAGAGCACUGUAUAUUUUUCUAAAAGUCGUCAAUAUACCCUUUGAAGCAAAACCAAUAAAGAUAAUCAAGCUCGAGCACACUACUCCCGAAUUUGAGGCCAUCAAUCCAUUUAAAAAAGUUCCAAUUAUUGAACACAAUGACUUUAAGUUAACAGAAAGUAUCGCAAUUGUGAGAUACUUAUGUAGAGAAUAUAAAAUACCCCAACAUUGGUAUCCUUCUUCGUCAAGAGAACAAGCCAAAGUUGAUGAGUAUUUAGAAUGGCAGCAUUUAAAUACUAGAUCAAAAUGUUCAUCAUAUUUUUUUAUAAAGUUUCUUAAACCUUUAAGAACAGGAAAGCCAUCUAAACCUGAACAAAUAAAACAGUAUAAAGCACAAAUGAUGGAUUGUCUUGAUUUAAUAGAAAACAUCUGGCUCAAGAAUAAAUUAUUUCUUACAGGCAAUGAAAUUAGUAUAAGUGACAUAUUUGGAGCCUGUGAAUUGGAGCAAUUACGUUUAGCUGGAUAUGAUCCACGUGCAGAAUGGCCUGGUAUUAAAGCUUGGCUGGAAAGAGUACAACAAGAAACUAGCCCUUAUUAUGAUGAAGCUCACAAACUAUUAAAUAACAGUAUACAGCAACAGGACCAAGCAGCCAGUAAGCUGUAAUCAUUAGUAUAUCAAUUAAAACAUAAAUGUUUUUGUAAUUUUAUAUUUUUUAUAAUCAUGAUUAUUAUUAUUAUACCGAUUAUAGAUACUUAAUCACUAAUUAAAGUAAAUUAAGAAAACUCAUAUAUAGGAAUCAAGGGAUAUAUAUAAAUAAAUACAUACAUACACACACACACACACACACAUUUAAAAUAAAAUUUAAUAGGUAAAGUAUUUUGGUAAUGUUAAUAAUUGACUAGAAUAUUGAUAUCUACUUUUAUAUAAGUUGAGCAUUGUUAAGCAUAUUGUAUUUUUUGUAUUUUCAAAAUAAAAUUAUUUUCUCUUAUA